CCCUUUCUUUAUAAUCCCCUUCACACCCCCCAUCAACACCACCAUCCCAUACACACACAAAACACAUAAUCAAGCUCUCAACAAUGGCAGAACGAGGCACUUAUGCUCAUCAAGUCCAAGUCCACCCCCAACAAACCGCCACUCAACCCGGCGGCGUCAAAUCCCUCCUCCCCAAAAACAGCCCCUCCACCUCCCAGGUCCUCGCCGUCGUCACCCUCCUCCCCGUCGGCGGCACCCUCCUCUUCCUCGCCGGCAUCACCCUCGUCGGCACCCUCAUCGGCCUCGCCGUCGCCACCCCGCUCUUCCUCCUCUUCAGCCCCGUCCUCGUCCCCGCCGCGCUCACCAUCGGCCUCGCCGUCACCGGAUUCCUCGGCUCCGGCGCUUUCGGGCUGACGGGACUCUCGUCUCUCUCAUGGGUUCUGAGCUACUUCCGGCAGGCGAGCCAGAGGGUGCCGGACCAGAUCGAGCUGGCGAAGAAGAGGGCUCAGGAGAUGGCGGCGUACGCGGGACAGAAGACCAAGGAAGUGGGAGACACCAUUCAGAGCAAGGCGGCUCAGGCUCAGGACACAACGGCUACCACCGGAAGGGACACUCGUAGCACUGCUCGAGACACUUCAAGGACUUGAAGCCUCCGGUGAAGACGUCGGCGAGAUCUAGCCGCUUCAUUGUGUCUUAAUAAUAAUGUUAUGUCAUGUGUUGUGUUAGAGUGUGAAUUGUGUUCUGUGUUGUGUUUGUCUGUGUUUGUUUUAGCCGUUUCGGGGUCGACUCCUGUCUAGUUUCAUUGUACCUGUUUGUUGGUGGUUAAUGUGCUUUGUAAUCGAACGAAUGUGGUUUAAUGCAGUGAAGUUUUGUUUUGGUUGUA